AUGGAUUUAAGUUGUUGCAUUUGCAUAUUUGUUUUAAGUCAUUUUGCAUUUGGGAGUUCAAACGAAGACGAAGCAAAUGAAGAGAGCAACAUUAAUAAAUUAUCGCAUAAAGAAAGUUCUGUUAAUUCCAAUUCUGUUGCAUUCGAUGAGCCAGUGUCAAGUGGUAAAGCUGCUGCAGAAACUAGGGGUUCUCAAUCAUCAUCAGGGGAGCUCCCUAGGUACAAUGGAGGUUCGGGUGGAGAUGGGACAGUUCAAUCGAGACAAAAUGGAUCAGAGACGAGCUCUGAACUUAUAUCAGACGAUAUCUCUAGAGACAGUGGUUUGAAUGAAAUAAUAGUUGACCGAAUAGAUGCUGCAACAAAAAUUAUCGAAAAAGAAUCUUGCAUACAAUUCUUGCCACUAGAUGAUAAAAAAAAAGUGUACAAGUAUGGAAAAUACUUCUUGCAUUUUACUAAUCCUGCCAAGAAAAGAGAAUGUGUGCAUACAGUAACACGAGGGAGCGCAGGAGAGCCAACAUUGGUAUUGGGUUACGAUUGCAUGCGGGAGCCAGACAUUAUUCACGCAUUGAUGCAUUUACUUGGCUUCAGAGACGAGGUGACGCACCCUCUUCGGGACUCUUAUAUACGAGUUUUAUGGGAGAACAUACAACCGAAGUACCGUCAUUUAUUUACAAUUACAAAGUUGCCGCCAUACCGUGAAGUGGGCGAGUAUGACAUGAUGAGCAUCAUGCACUUCCACAACCGGGCAUACAGCAUUAAUGGUGCUCCUACUACUGUUCCUUUGAUACCAGGAGGAUGGAUAAAUCCUUCGAACCAAUUAUCUCUCAUGGACAAAAUGAAGCUUCGCUUAGCAUUUAGACAUGAAUGUAAUAGGCGUAAAGUUUCCAACCUCUUGGGGACCUGUAUGAAUUCUAUACAGGGUGACCGCACCACAGGAUGUUCAAGUGGUAGCGAAACUGACAGAGGCGCUUCAAGCGGUAACACUGGCGCUUCAAGCGGUAACAGUGGCGCUUCAAGCGGUAACAGUGGCGCUUCAAGCGAUAACACUGGCGCUUCAAGCGGUAACAUUGGCGCUUCAAGCGGUAACAAUAGCGCGUCAAGCGGUAACAGUGGCGCUUCAAGCGGUAACACUGUCGGUUCAAACGGAAAAGAUAAAAGCGGUGGUUCAAGCGGAAGCGACAAAAGUGUUAAAUUUAUCGAAAGUGGUGAAAGCAAACAAAAAUCUUUAAUCGGAACCGAUAAUGACAAAAUAAAAGCUUUAAGCGAAACUGAUAAAGACAAAAGAGGUGCUGUAAGCAGAGGCGACAAAAACAAGAUUGGUGGUUCGAAAGGCUUUAAAAAAGACAAACAGAGUUGGACUUGGUCUUGGCAUUGGUCAAAAGAGUUUUUGGGAUAG